CCUGGCUUAUAGGACGCAAAACCUCAAAACAAAGUUCGUGGGGUAUAGACGAGAUCUUCUUCCGCGCUGUUUAAUUUCCAAGCAAAGGAGAGAAGCGCCCCAAACAUCUGAAAUUCGCUAUGGCUACUGUCGAAAAAGGCUCCGGAUUUGUUGGCUACCUCUCUGUAGACCAAGAAGUAAAGCUGCAGCAACUAUGGACGAUAAUACUGAAGGCCAGUGACACCCACGAAUCAUUAAUAGUCUCCUCUGCAAAUGGUGCCGAUUCUCAGGACCCAGUACAACACCAGCAUGGAAAACACUCUUCACUCAGUAGCAACCCCUCUGGCGAAACGAGAAUUUUGAGCCAGGAGGUUCCGUUUGGCAAGGCCUCGUGCCUGCUGCGCAUGGAUUUCCUGAACACAAUUCGGCACGACCACCCCGACGCCUUCCUGCUUCGCUUCCUGCGGGCACGCAAAUGGGAUGUCAUCAAGGCGUUCAACAUGAUGAUGGGUGUAAUUGAGUGGCGAACGAAGGUGAUGAAUGUGGAUCAGCUGAUGGCUGAGGGCGAGCUACAGGCACUGCAACUCUCCCAGAGCACGUCCAAUGGCAGCAAGGAGAAGAACGGCCACGAUUUCCUUGCACAGGUACGGAUGGGUAAAAGUUUCAUUCACGGCGUUGACAGAGUUGGCCGGCCAAUAUGCGUAGUGAGGGUCCGUCUCCACCGACCCGGCGAGCAAAGCGAAGAGACGAUGGAACGGUAUAUCGUUCAUUUUAUUGAAUCUGUGCGGCUCAUGAUGGUUGACCCAGCGGAAAUGGCGGCAGUUGUUUUCGAUAUGACAGGGUUUUCGCUUUCGAACAUGGAAUACCCUCCUGUCAAAUUCAUCAUUAAAUGUUUGGAAACAAACUAUCCCGAGUCGUUGGGCGUAUUGCUCAUCCACAAGGCUCCGUGGGUUUUCUCUGGAAUUUGGAGGCUCAUCAAAGGAUGGUUGGACCCUGUCAUCGCCUCCAAAAUCUACUUCACGAAUAACGCUGCAGACCUCGAGAAGUUUAUUUCCCGUGAGCAAAUCGUGCAAGAACUCGGCGGCGAUAACAACUGGGCAUACAAGUACUUCGAGCCUACUCCGAACGAGAACGAUAAGAUGAAAGAUACCGCGACUCGAGAUGUUCUCUUGACCGAGCGACAGAGGCUCGGUGACAGCUUACUUCUCGCCACCUCAGCUUGGAUCGCGGCGACUACUUCCAAAGACGAGGCAGAGAUCGCCGCAUGCAAGGAUCAGAGAUCUGACUUUAUUGAGCGGCUGCGCUCCAAUUACUGGCAGCUGGAUCCCUAUCUGCGUGCCCGCACCGUUUUAGACCGCACUGGAGCAUUCAAAGAUCUUCAUUAUCAUCCCAGUGAAGAAUCUCUUGUCAAGAUCAGAGGAGCCCAGACUAAGGAAAUGGCUAAAAUAGUCGAGGUGGAGCACCUCGAGACUAUGAUGGAGACAUAUGCAGUUAAGAACUGAUCGAGUCGUUCUCCCUCUAGUCUUCCUCCCGACGUAGUUUGCAUAUAAGCCCGUCAAAUCUACCCUUUUCAUUAAUGAGGUCUUUAAUAUAUAUGUUCCGGCCCCACCGUGAGUUUUCCAGCUCGCGAGUUGGCCGGCGCAACCAUAAGUAGGAGUAAAGUAAUCAAUUAAUCGUCGGAACCGACCCUAUUGCAUAGGUUCGGGGUAAGCAAAAGAGCGUUCGCAACCACCAAAAUUUGUAUGUACCAUUACAUAGUAAUUUAU